AUGUCUUCGGAAAUGGAGGCAGCCCCCGUGCUGUCGACCCCCGAUGAUCGCAUUCUUGAAGAAACUACGCCCGUGGCUACCUCCGAUGCGACGCACCCGCGCCCCGACGAGGAACUCUCUAUUACCUAUGAUAUCGAGCGCACUCUGAAAGAGAUCCGUCAGGCGCGGUACAAGCGCAUUGCCCUCCAGUUCCCCGAUGACAUGCUCCCCGAUGCUCCCCGAGUCUUCCAAUUGCUGAGUCGUGGGCUCAAUUCGGAUGAAGUUGCCAGUGCCAGUGGUACAUCUACAACCCAGACAAAUGGUGGCGCGGACGAUACGGACGGAAACAUCGCGCAGUCUGUGUCUCAGCUUUCGGUGGAAGAGAAGGAGAAGUGGCCUCCAAAGUUGUAUAUUCUGGCGGACACUUCGUACGGCCUUUGCUGUGUGGACGAAGUGGCUGCGGAGCAUGUGGACGCAGAUGUCGUGGUGCACUAUGGACGAUCGUGUCUUUCUCCUACGGCGCGAUUGCCCGUUAUCUACGUCUUUACCAACAAGCCUCUGCCCAUUGACCCUCUUGUUCAAGCCUUCAAGGCGACCUACCCUGACCCGGCAACCAAAGUCAUCAUUGCGGCCGACGUCACCUAUUCCGAACAUGUUCCGACGGUAUACAAGCGCCUGGUGGAGGAUGGAUACACCGAGCUCUUUGCUACAGAGAUCAUGCAUGAGCCAUCAUCGGCCAUUCCGAACCGCACAGUCCCAGACUCCGUCCGCGAGGCGCCCGAAACACUGUCGGAAUGGCAGCUGUUCCACAUCUCCGAUCCGCCAACCGCCCUUCUCCUGACCCUUGCUUCGCGCGUUGCCGCCAUCCAUAUAUAUCCCACGAAUCACCCAAGCAACGACAACGUUAAACCUCUGCCGGCCUCCACUGCCGCUGCAUUGCGUCGGCGCUAUGCCAUUCUUACAUCCCUGACUACGGUACCAAUCUGGGGCAUCUUGAUCAACACCCUCAGUGUGAAGAACUAUCUGCACAUCGUGAACCAUGUCAAGGAACAGAUCGCUGCGGCAGGCAAGAAGAGCUACAUGUUUGUGGUGGGUAAGCUAAACGCAGCCAAGGUGGCCAACUUCAGUGAGAUUGGUGGCUGGGUGGUCAUUGGCUGCUGGGAGAGCUCGCUGGUGGAUAGCAAGGAAUUCUGGAAGCCCGUCAUUACUCCGUUCGAGUUGGAGAUGGCUCUGAAGGGCGAUGCGGAGCGGGUGUGGACUGGCUCGUGGCAGAGCGACUUCCAGUCUAUUCUCGACAAGCCCGCAGAGGAAGCGACGGCUAACGGCGGGACCAAUGCGGACGCAGACGAGGAUGAUGAUGAUAUGUCGGAACCCGAAAGCGCACCGCCCGAGUUUGAUCUGCGCACCGGUCGCUACGUCUCGCAUUCCCGGCCGAUGCGUGAUCCCGCACCGCGCGCUUCUGCCCAGAUCGAUGGGUCUAAUGGCCCUUCUGCCGCUAGGGCUCUGGCCAGACGGGCCAAGGGUGACUUAGCGACGAUUGGCGGCGCGGUAUCGCCAGGAGCAGAGUACCUGCGGUCCCAGCGCACAUGGAAGGGGUUGGGCAGCGACUUCGAUAUUCGAUACGACGAGGAGGACCCGGACAGCACGCUGGUCAAGGAAGGGCGCAAGGGCAUCGCUAGGGGGUACACCGUGGGCGAGGGAGACAAGCACUAG